AUGGCUACAACAGUUGAAAAUGUUGAUCCACAACAGUAUACACGUGUAUCGGAUAUUGUCAAUGAACCGCAAGAGAUGCUCAUGCCAAUUCGAGGGUAUGAGAAAAUGCCAAUAGUGUCAUUGGAAGAAGCUGUUACACCACUUGUUUCGAUUUUAUCUGAGAUUCACGAUUAUGCUUAUGUUGCAAAACAACGAUGUAAAUUCGUACCUCCCGAUAAUUUAACACAGGAUGAAUCAGCCUCAAUCAUGCUUUACUCCAUGGAAUGGAAACCACAUAAAGAAUGUUUAUAUUUUGCUCUCAAUGCAACACUUCGCACUGAAGACAGGCGAAAAUUAGAACCAUGGUUUUCCUAUUUGAAACUUAUUCUGACAGCACUCGAAAAAUUACCAUCCACACGAUGCCAUGUGUUUCGUGGAGUGAACUUAGAUCUAACUAAUCAAUAUACUCAAGGAAAAACAUUUGUGUGGUGGGGAUUUUCUUCAUGUACAACAUCGAUUGAAGUACUCCAAAACGAACAAUUCUUAGGCAAAACUGGUCAAAGAACAUUGUUUACUAUCGAGUGUGAUAGUGGCAAAGAUAUCAGUCGUCAUUCGUAUUAUAAAAAGGAAAAAGAAGUUCUUCUUCUAGCUGCUCGACAAUUUAUUGUAGUAGGGUGUCUUCAACCAGCACUAGGUCUUCAUAUGAUUCAAUUAAAAGAAACAAAGCCUCCAAUUACUCUUUUACAACCAGUUACAAAUCAAACAGUGCAAAUUAAACCAACACCAGAACUAAUUCGAACAAAUAAGAAACAAUUUGAACCAUUUGCAAUUACUGUCGCUGGAGGAUAUGGAUUUGGGGAUCAAUUAAAUCAACUCUAUGGUCCUAAAGGGAUCUUUAUUGAUAACGAUAAAUCAAUUUAUAUUGUUGAUUCGUCAAAUCAUCGUAUUGUUAAAUGGAAAUUGAAUUCGAAUGAAGGUCAAAUCAUUGCAGGUGGAAAUGGACAAGGAAAUAAAAAUAACCAAUUGAUUUUUCCAAGAGCUGUAAUUUUUGAUAAACAAAAUAAUUCUUUUAUUAUUGCUGAUAAUGGAAACCAUCGAGUAAUCCGAUAUUUCGAUAAUAGUCAAACAAAUCAACAAAUUAUUAUCUCAAAUAUUGAUUGUUGGGGUUUGGCAAUCGAUAAAAAUGGAUCUAUUUAUGUUUCUGAUUGGAAGAAUAAUGAAGUAAGACGAUGGAAACAAGGAAAUGACGAAGGUGAAUUAGUUGCUGGUGGAAAUGGUCAAGGAAAUCAUCUUAAUCAACUCGAUUAUCCUACUUAUAUCUGUAUUGACGAAGAUUAUUCUCUUUAUAUAUCAGAUAUGCGGAAUCAACGUGUAAUGAAAUGGAAAAAAGAUGCAAAAGAAGGAAUUAUUGUUGCUGGUGGAAAUGGUGAAGGAGAUAGUCUCAAACAGUUGUCUCUUCCUCAUGGAGUGAUUAUUGAUGAUUUGGGUCAUAUCUAUGUGGCAGAUUGUCAGAAUAAUCGAGUGAUGCGUUGGUGUGAAGGAGAUGAAGAAGGUAAAAUUGUUGUUGGUAGAAAUGGCCAAGGAAAUCAAUCAAAUCAAUUGUGUCGUCCUAUAGGUUUAUCAUUCGAUAAUGAAGAGAAUCUUUAUGUUGCUGAUUUUGCGAAUAAUCGAAUCCAAAAAUAUGAAAAACUUUAA